AUGACGGAGGGUGUUGGGCAGGACGGGAACGUAGCUAAAAUGAUGGACAAUAUUCGCAUCCAGAAACUCAUCCGAGCUGUAGAUGAGCUCGUCGCGUGGAGCUUUGUUAUGGACGAAAAGGAUGUGAUCCUUUCAGAGUUGGAGAAGUGUGUGGAUGAAGCCGAGAAGGAAUUGUUGCGGGCGAGUGACGCCGUUGAGGAUCAACAACGGCGCUGUGCUCUCGUUCAAGUCCAUCGAAGCACGAAGCAGGAAAGAAAAAUUCCACAGUCGGCGAGGGGCAGCGAUCACAAACUUGAAGAACUGUGGAAGUCAAAAGGUGAGGCGUUUAAGCGACAGUAUGAGUUACACCUGACUACUUAUAAACGACUCUUUGAUGAGCUGUUGGAGGAGGAACUCCAGCGACUCAACGGCACCACCACUUCUGCGGGUGACCUCAGACGGCCUCCAGAAGAUGUGUGUGGGUCCAGCAGCAUGACUGAAAUCAGCAUCUCUGCGUCCCCUGCUGCGGGAGGUAACUGUAGUGACGGUGCCGAUAGUGAUGCUGCGGGUGCCAUAGCCUAG